AUGGAUGUUUAUCAGUUACAUCAGCUUCACUUGCGGUUUAGCCAGGAAGUAGACGAUCUCGAAAAAGAACUUAAGGCCGCAAAGCAAAAUGCAUUGCAAGAUUUGCGCAGGGCGAGAAAUGAGAUCGAGAACAGAAGCCAACAGGAGAGGUCAAUGCUCCAGGAAAGUCUCGGUACCGUACCUCCGAACCUUGGGCAGUUUAUUGACGAGAAGCGGGACUUUUAUCUGCGCCAAGCUACUCAACUCCAUGAGGAAAGGCUAGAAAACGACCGGAAACGGUUUGUCGAAAAGCUUUCGGCCGUGAACAAGAAAUGGAGAGCGCUACCUUUCGACGUGGAGUAUGCGUCAACUACCUUCAUCGAGCAGUCAUUGAUAGCAUCAAGACCGUCGCUAGGCACCACGGCACCUGAGCUGUCGAAUGGUACAAGGGCAACUGGAACGCCUCUCGCCAUGCCCUCUUUCAUGCAAAACCAUCCGGCUCCCACGCAGCUUGCGCCUAAAGCUCAACCAGCGCAGGCUAAAGCUCCUGUCUCUCAGCCAUUAAAUGUGUUACCUAAACCAGCGACGGCAGUCCCCGCAGCAUCGGUACAAAAGGCUGUAUCCGCUUCAUCUAGUACCAAGCGUCCUAUUGCAGAGACUGCAAACGAGCAACAACCGGCAAAGCGUCCAUCCACGCAACGAGCCAUCACUUUUGAUGAAGUAUACCAAAACGGCAAUGCCAAGUUCAAGCACAUCAUAGUCGAAUACCCUUCCGAGAGCCAAGAGUAUUACAUUCUCAAGUGCGAUGACCAUGGCGUUCACUUUGGCGCUAAUCCUCUCGCGGGAGCUGCAAAACACCUGGCGAGCAAGAUGCAUGACCACCAAUCGAAGAACUAUAAUGUCGCUGUCGAUACUCUAGGCUUUCGCGUCAUUGGGUGCAAUGCAGAGCUGGCACGGAUGAACAACGCAGCGGUCGAAGAAGCUGUCUUGAACGGAUAUAAGCCGGUCAACUUACUUCAACUGAGCGUAGGAAAACGGGCGCGAUUUGUAGAGGCGAAUCCCGAGUUUGCCGAUUCCUUUUCCACUCCGGUACCUUCUUUGGCCUCACCAGCAGUUGAAACACAGUCUCCGGUAAUGGCACCACCCACGUCGCGAGAGACUGCUGGUCCGGCAAUGGCACCACCCCCGUCGCGAGAGACCCCUAGUCCGGCGAAAGAACGACGGAAGAGCUUGCACGUACGAACACCGUCGGAUCGCAGCACACGCUCGGCUGUCCCCAUCCCUGAUCCCAAACCAGGUCGCCUUUACAAAGGCUAUUGGGUUGGGGACAAGCGGCAUUAUCCUGUCAUGGUGUUGCCGACACAAGAGCCAGAUUUGAGUUCAUGUGGACUCAGCAAGACGCUGGAGGAGACAAAGCUCUUAAAGGAUGUUCCUAGCUGCUACAAAGUUGUUAAAGCACCAGGGGGAAAGCUCAAGCUUGAUGGAUGGGCCCCUGGCUAUGAGGUUGGUGGUCCUUUGGCUAAGUUUAGGCGGGUGCCGGUCAUGUAUUUUGACCGAGACAUGUCGGUUGGCUGGCUCUCUAUCAAAGACGUCACGGAAUUUAACUUUGAUGACCCGGACUGGCGCCAAAUCCCAUUUUUCCAAAACGCAGUUGAGUACUGGGAAAGUCUGAACAAGGUCGAACCGAAUGCGAAAGACGAGGCACCCGCUAGUGCACAAGAACCUCGCUUGGAACCUAUCCCGGCAAAUCUCCCAGAGCCCGCACGGGGUUCAGCCACCCCGGAAGCAGCGGCACAGUCACCGCCAACCGCACCAACGGAACCAACAACGGCACCAACAGCCUCCAUGGCGUUAACGGCAUCAACGGAGCCAACAGCAGCCUCGCCUCGACCUCAAACUGUUUCGGCGACGAUCCCAGAGGUCACACAGAAGCCCGCAAGUCCAGCAGCAGCAAUGCCACCUGAAACAGCACAACCUCGAUCUCAAGCUGUUUCGGCGGCUGUCUCCAAGCUCCCGGCAGCGGCAGCAACACCACCCACACCAACUCUGUCUGGAACUCAACCUGCCUCGGCGGUUGUCUCUAAACCCGCGGCGGCCGUCCCAGCAGCAACCACAGCAGCUCCGUAUCAGCCUCAAACGGCGGCAGCGGCUGUGCCAAAGCCCACGCAGACUCCAGCUUCUCCAAAACCCGUAACGCCCCCAACAGCAGCUUCACCGCGACCUCAGGCUGUGUCAGCGGCUGUCCCUAAACCUCCGACAGCAGUAGUCACACCCUCAACUGCCGCGGCGGCUCCUACAGCGUCGAAGCCCGUUGCUCCUAGCACUGUGAGUGUACCAAUUCAGUCAGGUCCGAAGGCCAUUCCCCCGGCCGUGUUACGGUUGGCGGAGAUGGCUAAGACCGACCCUCAGCUUAGGGCCCUGAUCGACAGAGUGAGCUCCAAGCAGGGCACUGCGGAGGAGAACGAGCGGUUAGAGGGCAUCGUCGACCGCAUUGCCAAGGAGCUCAGCAGCUCUGGUGAAGCGGUGAAAGCUACCGUUCUCUCUACACAACCCAAGUUGGUCAUUUCAGACUCCAAGAAAGCGACGGCGCGAGUUGAAGCCUCUGGAGCACCAGCGAGCCAGCCUCCUUCAUUACAGGUUCCGAGCCUACACGGGGGCAAGAAGGGCCACGGCACAGGUCUCAAAUCACCGGAGUCAUCUAAGCCGCCCACUCCGCGGUUGACAAAGGCAACAAUCCUGUCGUCGGCGGUCCAGUCUCCCUUGGUCACGGCAGGCCCGACGCCAGACACUAGUACGGCUAGCUCACGUACCACCUCUCCGGCUGAGGCCUCCACCUCUGCCUCUAUCCCGACAAGCAAUUCGCCAGCCAAGCCGGCAACCUUUGUCAAAGCCGAGAAUGGAGUCGCCACCACCACCACUCCGGCGACGACGAAGACGGUGCAGGCUGGUGAGAACGAAAAAUUUGAAGUGACCAUUGGAAAGGGCAGCUGGAACGUGGAGACGAUGGAGCACAUGGAGGACAAGCUUUCGGUCCGGUUGAUAGCGUCCAACCAAACCAAGAUUGCCUCGACGGCGCCUGGCAAGGAAUAUGAGCACUGCCCGUACAAGUUCGAUAUUGAUCCCCAAGACGUUGCCAGCGUGGUGGUGGAGAAUUGUGCCACGAACGCGAAGACGGUGGUGACGAUCGUGCUCAAGAAGGGGCGCGAUGGCAGCGGGGACAAGAACGUGAUGCUGACGUUCGAUCGGUUCGUCAAUCCGGACUCCAGGACGGUGGAGAGCGGAAGGGUGCAGGCCAGACGGUUCUGUCGGUGGUUGAGGGGGGUUAAUACGAGCAUUGCGUACUCAAACAAGAGUUUCAAGUAG